AUGAAAGAGCGUGAGAGACUGUUACAAAAUCCUGAAGCCGCGACUUCGUCCCAGAAGAUUAAGGAUUUGGAGGCUGUACACGCUACAUGGAAAGAAUGGAGAGACCAGAUGCAGACUGUCCAAGACACGGAGCGCAUGUGUGAAACGGAGAAAGACACGGAUCUCGUGGAAAUGGCACAGCAGGAAUUACAGGAGAUGCGUGCCGAGGCCGAUGCGCGGCAUAGGGCCUUACGAAAACAAAUUUUGUCGAGCUCAGCACCUGUGAAAAGCAAAGGGGCCAUCAUCGAGAUGAGACAAGGUGUGGGCGGACAGGAAUCGUGUUUGUUCCUCAGUCAAAUGCUACGAAUGUACAUGAAAUACUGCGAGAAACGUGCCCAGAAUGCAGAAGAAACAGGUGAUACCAGCGCAUUGGGGGCAGGUUGGCGUAUUGAGUUGUUGUCUGCGACGCCAGUUGACGUAUCUACGUCGAAUGGCUCCAACGAUGCAUUGCGGGAAGCCAUUCUGCAAGUGCAUGGCACUCAUGCCUACGAGGCACUGCGCUUUGAAGCGGGCGUGCAUCGCGUACAGCGCAUUCCUGCCACGCAGAAUCUUGGGAAGCUGCAAACCAGCACCAUUGCCAUUAUUGUGCUUCCCAUGCAGGGUGGCGAGAACGACCCAGCCGAUGAUAUUGUUGAUCCCAAAGAUGUCAAGAUUGAGACGAUGCGGGCACGAGGCGCUGGUGGCCAGCAUGUGAACCGAACAGAAUCAGCUGUUCGGUUGACACAUGAACCUACGGGUAUUACUGUCUCCAUGCAGGAUUCAAGGAGUCAGCAUCAAAAUCGAGCCAAGGCCUGGGAAGUGUUAAGAGCACGACUGCUUGAUCGCCACCUUCGCAAGGAAGCGGAAGAAAACAAAGCGAUGCGGCGUUCACAAGUCGCUAGCGCAGAUCGCAGUGAGCGUGUACGCACGUACAAUUUCCCGCAAGACCGUAUCACAGACCACCGUGUCGGGAUAUCUCUCUCCGACAUGGAUGGAUUCAUGGACGGCGAUGAUGAUGGCGGUGCCGGCCUGACGCACCUCAUAGAAGAACUGAAUGCAAAAGAAGAUGAAGUGCGUCUUCAAGCCUUACUUGAGACGCUGGAAACGAUGCAUAGCUCGUAG